AAUCGAGCGCCCUUGAAAUAAUCGCCAAUCAAACGGGUCAGUUUUCUGACCAAAACACCAGUGACAAAAGCAAUUUAACGUCUCGCAUAUCUUAACAUUAGAACUCAUUCCUACCUUGAGGCAGUGGUGGGAUUUAUUUUGUUUAUUCAUGUUUGAGUUUAAGAGGAAAGGGUCGAAAUAUGUCGAGGAAAUUCAGGUCCGCUUCUCAUAGUGGAAUGUACAGUGUUCGAGGCUCUGAACUCGCGCGCACGGGAAACACAAACCCCCAGAAAAUACGAUGUGUGGUGGAACUUCUAGACGACUCCGAGUUCAUAAUCGACGUUGAUAAAAAUGCCAAGGGGACUGUUCUGCUUAAUGAAGUUUUCCGGCAUCUGGAUAUCCAAGAAAAGCAUUACUUCGGCCUUCAGUAUGUUAGCGACUCCCCAGACAACAUGGUAGGAGGAGCAAAAGAGCAAUGGCUCCAGGAUGAUAAAAUAAUAAGGAAGCAAAAAAAAGGAACACCUCCAUAUAUUUUCUACUUCUGUGUACGUUUCUUUGUAUCUGAUCCAUCAAAGCUAGUUGAGGACUUAACAAGAUACUAUUUUUAUCUUCAAAUAAAGCGGGACAUCCUUACUGGAAGAUUGCCUUGUUUGUAUGAUACUGCUGCUGAACUUUCCUCUUACAUUUUACAAGCUGAGUUAGGUGAUUAUGACCCUAAACUCCACCUGGAUGGCUAUGUCUCAGAAUUCAGAUUCAUCCCUGACCAGACUGAUGACUUUGAGGAAAGAGCGGCAGAGUUCCACAAGCACCACAUAGGCCAAACUCCUGCUGAUGCUGAAUUUAAUUUUCUGGAAGUUGCCAAGACGCUUGACCUGUACGGUGUUGACCUUCACUGUGCAAAGGAUCAUGAUGGUACAGACCUGUUUCUUGGAGUCUCUGCUCUUGGCUUGACUGUCUACCACAACAAAUGCAAGAUCAAUUUUUUUCCUUGGUCAAAGAUAGUCAAAGUGUGCUUUAAACGAAAGAGGUUCUUUAUCCAAAUUCGCCCUGAUUGGAAUGAGUGGACUGAUAACAUCAUUGGUUUCCAAAUGCUCACAUAUCGAUCUUGCAAGAAUUUAUGGAAAGUGUGUGUGGAAUACCAUUCAUUUUACAGAACUCAUUAUCCCAAAGCAACAGAGAAGCGUGUGCUCAGAAUGGGAUCCAAAUAUAGAUACAAAGGGAAGACUGAGUACCAGGCUAUUGAAGAGAGUCGGACCCAUGCUCGGCCUGAGCCCAAGAUUGUCAGGACGCUAAGUAGACGAUACUCUAAACGCAGUGACUCUGGGACCUGGUCAAGAAGCUUGCGACGACUUGAUCUUGACAGAGAAUUUGAGAAAGACUCAAUGUAUGGCGAGAAACAUGCCCCUCCAUUUCACUAUGCGUCUGCACCAAACAGCACGGAAAAACUCGAUAGGACAAAUUUCAAACGUUCUCUGAGCACUAGUGCUAACGUUGGAGCAACUAAGUCAGGGCUUACCCCAGAACUACAGGCUAAUGGUUCCACACCACAAGAAGGACUUAUCACUGUCAGAAUGGAGCCUGACAAGGAAGGCCGAUUUGGAUUUAAUGUGCAGGGGGGUGCAGACAUCAAUCUGCCUGUGAUUGUAUCAAAGAUAGCUCGUGGAACACCGGCAGAUUUGUGUAUGCCUCAGCUACAAGAAGGAGAUGAGAUUAUCUUUAUCAAUGGGCAGGCCAUGAAGGGACUCAUCCAUCAAGAGAUUGUUGACUUAAUCCGAAGUGUCAGUCAGUCAAGAAGCAAUACCCUGAUCUUGACAAUCAGACCAAAUGUGUUUGCACCUAAUGGUUCCCGGUCACUGGAUGAUUCUCCUGUUCACACGGUCUCUGUAGAGCAAUACAAUGCACAGGAACUUAAGCACGAAAAGGAAGUAGAGGCAGCUCUUGUAUCCAAGAGGGAAAAGCAACAGCAGAGGGACUGUGAAGGCCUCAAAGUCUCCAUAGAACAGCUUAGGGAGAACCUAGAAAGUGGAGACCUCCUUGUAUAUUUCCAAGAGCUGUACAGAAAGAAGCCAGGGAUGGCAAUGGAUGACGCCAGAAAACCAGAAAAUCUUCCUAAAAACAGAUACCGUGACAUCCUUCCAUAUGAUGAAACUCGUGUCAAGCUUUUCAAAGGCAGUGAUUACAUCAAUGCAAACUUUGUCAAUAUGGAGGUGCCAUCCCGUGGGAUUGUGUUACGAUACAUUGCAGCUCAAGGUCCUCUUGAAAAAACCUGUGGGGAUUUCUGGCAGAUGAUAUGGGAACAAGAAUCCACUUUGGUCAUAAUGCUGACUACAACAAUGGAACGAGGAAGGGUCAAAUGUCAUCAGUACUGGCCUGAAGGUGAAGACACCUGGACUUUUGGAAACCUGGAGGUGGUGUGUAACAAGAUCCGCGAUUUCUCUCCAUCGUAUGUGUACCGAGAGAUGUAUGUCACUGAUACCACGACGCUGCGAAGUCGAGUUAUCAUCCAACUUCAGUACCUCGCAUGGCCGGACCACGACGUCCCGGAUGACGCGACCGACUUCCUUGAGUUUGUUCACAGUGUGAGGCAUUACCGCGAGGGGACGAGUACCCCAGCCGUCGUUCAUUGCAGCGCUGGCGUGGGCCGGUCCGGCGUACUGAUGUUCAUCGAGACCGCUUUCGGAAUGAUCGAAGGCGCAGAACCCGUUUAUCCACUCGAGCUUGUUCGACGCAUGCGCGAUCAGCGAGGGUCUCUCAUUCAGACGCCCGGCCAGUUUUUGUUCGUCUGUGAAGCUACGCUAAAAGCGUAUGACGACGAGGUGGUUCGUCCAUUGCCAAUAAGCUGAGAUUAAAAGAAACCGAAUGAACUCAAACUAACACGUGCCCGUACGUGAGUAGAAAUGAUACCACGCGCCUGGAACGCGCGCCACUCGAAAUCGACAUUCCCCCUUGACGUCACCAUCAGCCGUCCAAUCAGCAACCGACGCAUAGCAGUCAAAAUAUGGAAAUAGAAAAUGGAACUGUUACUUCUCAACUUCGUCCAGAUGUUUGAUACAGGGAGCGGUGGAUAGAUUAUUAAAGAAACAUUUUAACAGACGUAGUCAGCUUUAAGUUAUGGAUAUCAAUAGCGGCCUUACUACCGCACAAGGCAAAAUAGUGCGUCUGUAAAUUAGCUGAAACAGCAUGUAAAACAAUCUAUUUUAUACUAAACUUUCACUUAGCUUUAAGAGUUUGAGUUUGAUUUUAACCAUAAUUGAACUAGCUAAGAAUUGACAGUAAGUUAGCUAGGGAGCUGGAACAGUUCCUAUGUGCUCAUGAAUAGAAGUUUUCUGCUAAUGUC